CAAAUCGACAGCAGGGGGACGUGGUAUCGAGUGAACAAUGGUACUCUUUAGCAUGUGGGUGCUUGUGGUCUUGCUGGCCGGUGUAACUACCGUGACGGCGGAGAAAGAUAACGCCACCAUGAGUGACGAAGCCAAACGCAUGGUCGGCCAGACCAUCAACAUGGGCUCAAUGAUGAACCUGACCAAUAUCCAGCUAACACUUGGGGGACUGCCUCUGAACAUGACCGGCUUCACACUCACGUUUAACGAUGCGUUAAUACUCGACAGCAUACUCCGGGGAAGAUCGAUUAUGGACCUGCUAUACAUAGCAGGCAGAUUGGCAGACAUCGAAGGAAUGAUUGCGAACGCCCUCAACCUUCCUCCCACUAGCGUCGCAAUUGAAAGUAUAUUCGACCCUGCGGACGAUAUUCCUCUUGAUCGUUCCGACGUUGAUGCCAUCAUCCAAGAUCUGAAUGACGAUCCCACAAUCCUUGACUUUCUGAGAAAUUCGUCUUUUCCGGCAAGAAGGAAACGGAAGGCUCUAGUAGAUUCAAAAUGGCCUGGCACCGUGAUUCCUUACCAGAUUACAUCCGACUUCGACUCAUUCCCGGCCAGUAGACAGGCAAUAUUGGACGGCAUCGCCUACUGGGAGGAAGAGACGUGCCUGGACUUUCAAGACGUUGGGGCUGCCGCGGGAUCAAAGAUCGUGUUCAGACGACUUGUUGGGUGUUGGUCCUACCUGGGUAUGAAGCCCUAUCCUCAGACUGUAUCCAUCGGUGAUGGGUGCAAUCAGAAAGCACUUGUAGCCAGAGAGAUUGGCCAUGCUCUCGGAUUCGUGCCGGAACAUCGGAGACCAGACAGAGAUAUCUACGUGAGCAUCAACUGGAUCAACGUGCGUCCUGGCCAGCUUCACAAGUUCCUCAGGAGUACCUGGAGGCGCAUCAUUACACUGGGCGUACCUUAUGACUACUCCUCUCUACUGCACUACGAUGCGUUCAUGUUCAAUAGUAAUGGACAGAAAACUAUCACCGGGAGGCAACCUGACGUUGACAGGACUUUUGGUUUCAGCAAAGCUCUCUCCUUCUACGAUGUGAAACUUGCAAACUUGAGAUACUGUUCAGGCAGUUGUCCACAGGGACUCGAGACGCCCAUGUGCUUGAAGGACGGAUACAGAAACCCAAAGAACUGCUCCUAUUGCAAAUGCACAGAUGGCUUGACAGGAAGAAACUGCGAGUCGGUGGAGCCAGGAAGGAAUGCUGUAUGUGGUGCGACAUCGCUGGUGGCAAACCCGUCGUGGCAAGUGGUGACAUCCCCCGGCUACAACACCACGGGGUAUACAGCAUUCUCUGAAUGCUCUUGGCUUUUAACGGCACCCAACAACACUACCAUAGCGAUGCGCUUCAGUGGACCAUUUGAAUUCCCUUGUCAAAGUCCUUGCAUGGACUUUGUGGAAGUGAGGUUUACUGAUCUGGCCAGAACAGGGCCGAGAUAUUGCUGCGCCACGCGUCCCCUGCAGUACUUCCGGUCCCAUGGGAACGAGGCUCUACUCCUGUUCAGGGCCAACUCUAGUUUGAGUCGGCAGGGAUUUGCUCUCGAGUACAGAACGGAACCCUGUGGUGGAUGUUCCGGUGGCGACUCAGUACAGCCGUGUUUGGUGACGCAGAGAGUCAUGUGUCCGGGCGUCUUCAGUGGCAACUGCAACUUCUGGGGCUUCGGUCGCUGCACAACUCGUAGACAGAAUACAUGCUACCGGCUAGCACAGACCUGCUGCGAGGGCUACAGACUCGUCAACAACACGUGUUACCGUACCUUGUCUGACUGGGCGGCUUGGUCCGCCUGCAGCACUACUUGUGGUGGGUGUGGCACGAGGACCAGGACAAGGACCUGUAUUCGUCCCCCUUGCAGCGAGUCGUUAACCGAGACGGAGAGAUGCAACACUCAGAUCUGCUCGGGGACGACCGUGACAAGGGUCUGCUCCGCCAGCUUCAACUGCGGGUGGUGGUUCAUCAGAAGACAGUGUGUCAGGUACUUCACGUGCUACAGACUCAACAGAUGCUGCACUGGACGCGUCGAGCAGAAUGGCCUCUGCAACUGAAGAUACCAUUAUUGUCUCACAAUAAAUGAUUAUGAAGUAAAACGUA